UGAGGUUAUGUUUCUGUUGUGAUCCGUAGUCCGAUCACUGAUCAGUGUCACGUGCGUAUUUGUUCAAUGAAUUAAUAUGAAGAAAUUCAAAAGAUCGCUGUCUCGGAGUCGAGAGGAUGCCCAAAAAACCCAGAAAGAAUCACAAAACUUGGUAAAUGUUGCUAACGUCAAAACAGGUGUGUACAAAAAAAGGUUCCAGAAAUGGAAUGAGAAAGUACAGUGGUCCGAAAACUUUACUGAGAAAGCUUCAGUCCUGCUAACGGAGGAUGCUGGUUUCCUGGAGCCAGAUGAGGAUGAGAUUUCAGCGCAGAUCUCUCAAGAAGCCAUCGUAAAUAGUGUAGAUAUAACAAGUGCGACCAAAAGAUUUGAUCUAGACCUUCAGUUUGGUCCCUAUCGCUGUGAAUAUUCAAGAAAUGGAAGACAUCUUCUUUUGGCUGGUCGUAAAGGCCAUGCAUCCGGAAUGGAUUGGACCAAAAAAAAACUACAUUUCGAGAUGAAUGUGAUGGAAGAGAUUUUCGAUAUCAGUUACCUUCAUCAAGAAACCAUGUUUGCUGCUGCUCAGUCCAAAUGGGUGUACAUUUAUGAUCAAACUGGGAUAGAAUUACAUGCUUUGAAAGUACUGAACAAAGUGCUGAAAUUAGAAUUUUUGCCGUAUCACUUUCUGCUAUGCAGUGGAAGUGAAAUUGGCUAUCUAUCAUGGUUGGAUGUUUCUGUCGGAAAAAUGGUUGCUCAAUUCAAUACGAAGUACGGGCGAUUGAACAUAAUGACCCAGAAUCCGUACAAUGCUAUUUUAUGCUGCGGGCAUGCACGAGGAGUGGUAACCAUGUGGAGCCCCAACGUGCGCACUCCUGUGGCCAAAAUGCUAGUGCACGAACAGCCGGUCUCAGCAGUAGCUGUCGAUACCAAGGGACUUUACAUGGCAACAAGCGACACUAAUCGUCAUUUAAAAAUAUGGGAUAUUCGCAUGUUGGAUGGCCCUCUUCAGUCAUACUUCCUAAGGUCUUCAAUAACUAACCUAGCAUUUAGCCAAAAAGGACUCUUAGCUGCCUCCCUAGGAAACAUUGCUGAGGUUUAUCUAGAUCCUUGCACAAAAGAAGUUAAACAUCCCUAUUUACGGCACUCCUUUACCUCUCCAAUUUCCAACAUAAAUUUUUGUCCUUUUGAAGAUGUCCUCGGUGUUGGACAUGGACGCGGCUUUUCAAGUUUAUUAAUCCCAGGCAGUGGAGAACCCAACUUUGAUGCCUUAGAAGCCAAUCCGUUCCAAAGCAAGAAGCAAAGGAAGGAAGCAGAAGUUAAGAGCUUGCUCGAAAAGAUUCAACCAGAGCUAAUUACUUUAGAUCCAAAUACUGUUUAUGAAGUACAUGUGCCCACAGUUAAAGAAAAAAUUGAAGCAAAAAAGAAAUUAGCGCAUCUCAAACCACCUAAAAUUCAAUUAGAUGUCAGUAGGAAGAAAAAAGGAGGUGCUGUCAAAGUUAUUAAAACUCAAAAGCAUCUUCAAGAGGAAGCUAAUGUUAAAUUUAACAAGGCAUUCCAAACGAAGCAGCUGAAAUUAAGAGAAGAAUUGUAUGGUAAAGAAGAGGAAGAAGGAGAACCUUCUACACCAUCUGUCCUCGACAGGUUCAAGAAACGGAAAAAAAAGAAAUUACGUGGAGAUUAAGUAAAUGUCCAAUCUAAUACAGACUAGCAUAACUCUAUGUCCUCUUUGUUUAAAUCAAAACCGUUUUUGAAAAUAACUUUCAGAUCCUAAUCAUGUAAUUUUCCUUGUAAUUUUUAUGUACAUAAAUUUUAUAUUCCUAUUCUUGUUA